CGUCUUUAAUAUUUUAAACUAUACAAAUUUGCAUGUAUUUGUGGUUUCUCUUUUAGAAAUUAUUGGUCAUAGUCCACUCUUGUAGUAUAUAUAUAUUCACACAAUUCUAGUACUGGGUGCCGCAGCACUCACGCAAAAAUAGGUCUCUUUGUCCAAAAUAUUAGGAUUAGCAUGUGCAUGAGGAUUAUUUGUAGUUUUAUCUGCUAUAUUCCUUCUUCGUUUUCUUUCUAAUUAACAACAAGAAGUUAGACAUGGAGAAGGAAAUAGAAGCUGCUUCAGUUCAUGUAGAGAUGACUCAGCAACACAUGAGUUCACAUGUGCAAAAUCGUCGCAAGGGUGGCUUUAUUACCAUGCCUUUCAUUAUAGCAAAUGAGGCACUUGCUAAGCUGGCUAGUGUUGGGCUUAUACCAAACAUGAUAUUGUAUCUGAUAGAAGAUUACAAGCUCCGAGUAUUGAAAGCAACCAAAAUAUUGUUCUUAUGGUUUGCUGCUACCAAUUUUGCUCCUGUGGUCGGUGCUUUUGUGGCUGAUGCUUAUUUGGGUCGCUUCCUAGCCAUUGCUUUAGGUUCAAUUCUCAGUUUUCUGGGAAUGGUAGUGUUGUGGUUAACAGCAAUGAGCCCAAAAGCAAGGCCUCCCCCUUGCAGCCACUCAGCUGAAAACUGCGAAUCUGCAACAUCAGCCCAAAUGGCUAUCUUACUUUCUUGUUUUGCUCUCAUAUCCAUUGGAGGCAGUGGCAUCUCAUGCUCCUUAGCAUUUGGUGCAGACCAACUUAACCGUAACUCCAAACCCAACACUAAGAGCCAGAGGGUCCUUGAGAGCUUCAUAAGUUGCUACAUUGCUUCUCAAGCCAUUGCUGUCGUUUUUUCCUUGACCGGAAUAGUUUACAUCCAAGACCACUUCGGAUGGAAACUCGGUUUUGGGGUUCCGGCAGCACUUAUGUUCUUGUCCACUUUCUUGUUCUUCCUCAUUUCCCCACGUUAUGUCAAGCACAAACCACGCAGCAGCUUGCUCACUGGCUUCGCACAAGUCAUUUUCGUUGCUUACAAGAACAGAAACCUUUCAUUUCCACCUCAGGACUCCUCUGACAUGUAUCACCAUAAGAAGGACUCCACCCUUGUUGCUCCAACUGAUAAACUAAGGUUUCUGAAUAAAGCUUGCAUCAUCAAAGACAGAGAAGAAGACAUAGCCUCUGAUGGGUCAGCCUCAAACAAAUGGAGUCUUUGCACAAUAGAGCAAGUGGAAGAACUAAAGGCCAUCAUCAAAGUCAUUCCCAUUUGGUCAACCGGUAUCAUGGUAGCAGUCAGCACCAGCCAAACAUCACUUUGGCUUCUCCAAGCCAAAACCAUGAACAGACACGUCACUUCAAAGUUCCAAAUUCCCGCAGGUUCUUUCGGAGUAUUCAUGAUGUUUGCAGUGUGUGUAACCGCGGUUGUCUACGACCGUGUCAUCCUCCCUCUAGCUUCAAAAGUGAGAGGAAAACCGGUAACCAUCAGCGCCAAAAAGAGAAUAGGAAUAGGACUUGUUUUCUCGUGUUUGGACUUCAUAGCUUCGGCAGUUGUUGAGGGCAUAAGGAGAAGGAAAGCAAUUAGUGAGGGUUAUAUUAAUAAUCCUAAUGCAGUGUUGGACAUGUCUGCAAUGUGGCUUCUUCCACAUAACAUAUUGUGUGGUAUAGCAGAAGCUUUUAAUACAAUAGGGCAAUCAGAGUUUUAUUACUCCGAGUUCCCAAGCAGCAUGUCAAGCAUUGCUGCGUCCCUAUUUGGGCUUGGAUCUGCUGUGGGAAACUUGGUGGCUUCCCUUAUAGUAAGCAUUGUGGAUAACGUUACUUCAAGAGGUGGAAAAGAAAGUUGGGUUUCGGAUAACAUUAACAAGGGUCGCUAUGAUAAGUAUUAUUGGCUUCUUGCCAUAAUGAGUGUUGUUAAUAUACUGUACUAUUUGGUUUGUAGUUGGGCUUAUGGGCCUAGUGCCGAAGAAGUCUCAAAGAAGGAGGAAGGAGGGAAUACUAAUAGGGUUCAUGAUCAACAAGAUGAGGCAAUGUAAUGUGGCUUCACUUAAUUAGUCAUGUUGCUCUCACUGUAAAAUAAAACCGUUGCUCCCAAAUGAGAGGUGGACUCCAUUUGGACUUGGUCUUUUGUUUAUUUUAUGAUCAGCUACUGAUGUUGCAGAAGUUACAUGCAUAAAUAAAAUAUUGGAUCAAAGACGUUUUUAAUAU